AUGCGCCACGAGGCCUCCGUCGGCGGAGCUGAUCAAGGCCGCCCAGGAGAUGCGUACAUGGGAACAUGGGAACAUGGGAACAUGGGAACAUGGGAAUCGUUGGUCGCCAAACCGCGCGACAUGUUCAGCCAGAUACACGUCAACACGUACGUCGACGUCGUCACCAGAGCCAAGGGCACACCGAAGGACUUUUCCUUGGUUCUCAACGAGGACGUGGCCAAGGCCGGCAUCCAGUUCACCCUCAGAGACAUCAUGUCGAGGUCGCAGCCAGACUGGGCCAUUGGCGCCUACGAACUCGAGAAGAAAAAGGCCCCUUCGUCAGGGAUCCUACCGGGACGCCAAGAUGCAUUUUGUGGACCUGGUGUGGAGUUCCGACACUGUUCUCGGAUAUUCUCAACCGCACCGAUGAGGAUCAACUCGACCAGCAGGGAGGACGUCGUGGUGGUGGCGGCGGGCACCAUGGGCUCCAGCACCAACUACACCGAGGGCAAGACUGCCACGCACGAGUCUGUGGCCACCAAAGGGUUGUCCUCUGAACGAGGACAGGGACACUCGUGCCCUGACAAGCCCGGCCUGGAUACCAUCCACAACUUUAUGGAUUAUAGCUACGAGUAA